AUGGCUGCCUCUCCUGCUGUCUUGGCGCAGGCCGCCACCCAGAAGAAGCCCGAGGGACUUGCCCUCUAUUCACGGUUCGCCUUUGCUGGUGCUGUCUGCUGUUCGCUCACUCAUGGCGCUUUUACCCCAGUAGAUGUUGUUAAGACUAGGAUACAGCUUGACCCUGCCACCUACAACCGUGGGAUGAUUGGCGGUUUCCGUCAAGUCAUCCAGAAUGAGGGCGCUGGUGCUCUCUUGACGGGUUUCGGGCCAACAUUUACAGGAUACUUCAUGCAGGGCGCUUUUAAAUUUGGUGGUUAUGAAUUUUUCAAGCAGCAGUCCAUCAACAUUCUUGGUCUCGACAAGGCCCGUCAGAACCGUGCUGCCGUGUACUCUGUCUCGGCCGCCUGCGCUGAGUUCUUCGCCUCUAUUGCUCUCUGCCCUCUUGAGGCCACCCGCAUCCGUCUUGUCUCCCAGCCUGGAUUUGCUAAUGGCUUGGUUGGUGGCUUCGGCAAGAUUCUCAAGACCGAAGGCGUCGGUGCUUUCUAUAGAGGAUUCGGCCCUAUCCUCUUCAAGCAGGUUCCCUACACAGUAACCAAGUUUGUUGUUUUUGAAAAGGUUGCCGAAACCAUAUUUGCCCAGUUUGACAAAUCCAAGCUGUCGGAUGGUGCUCAAACUGGCGUCAACUUGGGAUCUGGUCUAAUUGCUGGUUUCGCUGCUGCUAUUGUCUCACAGCCUGCUGAUACCAUGCUAUCAAAGAUCAACAAGACCAAAGGUCUACCAGGCGAGAGCACCGCCUCCCGUCUCAUCAAGAUUGCGGGCGAGCUCGGUCUUCGUGGCUCUUUCGCUGGUCUUCCCACGCGUCUGUUCAUGAUCGGUGGUCUUACUGCUGGUCAAUUCGCCAUUUACGGUGACAUCAAGAAGGCUCUUGGUGCCACUAAUGGUGUCGAGAUUGCUAAGUAA